CCAGCUGGCGUCACCAGGACAACGGGCGUUGCCGGCGCCGUGUGACUUCGGGCUGUGGGCGCGCUGGCGGCUCUUCGGCCAUGGUUUUCUCAAAUAAUGAUGAAGGCCUUAUUAACAAAAAGUUACCCAAAGAACUUCUUUUGAGAAUAUUUUCCUUCUUGGACAUAGUAACUUUGUGCCGAUGUGCACAGAUUUCCAAGGCUUGGAACAUAUUAGCCCUGGAUGGAAGCAACUGGCAAAGAAUAGACCUCUUUAACUUUCAAACAGAUGUAGAGGGUCGAGUGGUGGAGAACAUCUCAAAGCGCUGUGGUGGAUUCCUGAGGAAGCUCAGCUUGCGAGGCUGCAUUGGCGUUGGAGAUUCCUCCUUGAAGACCUUUGCGCAGAACUGCCGAAAUAUUGAACAUUUAAACCUCAAUGGGUGCACAAAAAUCACUGACAGCACGUGUUACAGCCUUAGCAGAUUCUGUUCCAAGCUGAAACAUCUGGAUCUGACCUCCUGUGUGUCCAUUACAAACAGCUCCUUAAAAGGGAUAAGUGAGGGAUGCCGGAACCUGGAGUACCUGAACCUGUCAUGGUGUGACCAGGUCACGAAGGAUGGCAUCGAGGCCCUGGUGCGAGGCUGCCGCAGCCUGAGGGCCCUGCUGCUGAGGGGCUGCACACAGUUAGAAGACGAAGCUCUGAGACACAUUCAGAAUUACUGCCACGAGCUUGUGAGUCUCAACCUCCAGUCCUGCUCGCGCAUCACAGAUGAAGGCGUGGUGCAGAUAUGCAGGGGCUGUCCCCGGCUGCAGGCCCUCUGCCUUUCUGGCUGCAGUAACCUCACAGACGCGUCCCUCACGGCCCUGGCUUUGAACUGCCCAAGGCUUCAGAUUUUGGAGGCUGCCCGAUGUUCCCAUUUGACUGAUGCAGGCUUUACUCUUUUAGCUCGGAAUUGUCAUGACCUGGAGAAGAUGGAUCUCGAAGAAUGCAUCCUGAUAACGGACAGCACACUCAUCCAGCUCUCCAUUCACUGUCCUAAGCUGCAAGCCCUGAGUCUGUCCCACUGCGAGCUCAUCACAGAUGACGGCAUCCUACACCUAAGCAACAGCUCCUGUGGCCAUGAGAGGCUACGGGUGCUGGAGCUGGACAACUGCCUCCUUGUCACCGAUGUGGCCCUGGAGCACCUAGAGCAAUGCCGGGGCCUGGAGCGCCUUGAGCUCUAUGACUGCCAGCAGGUCACCCGUGCGGGCAUCAAGCGGAUGCGGGCCCAGCUCCCUAACGUCAAAGUCCAUGCCUACUUUGCUCCUGUUACCCCGCCAACAGCAGUGGGAGGGAAUGGACCACGGCUGUGCAGGUGCUGUGUCAUCCUCUGAUGGCAGCCACCCAGCCUGGGGCUUCAAGCGGCACCCUUUCCUCCAGAGCACAGUCACUCUGACCUACUCCACCGUCACCCACAUCUGUUGAUUCUCCUUUGGGAAAGGAAUUUACAGGUAAAGGACUUCUUCAGUGACUGGUGAUAGGAUCCAAUUCAGAGCCUUGUGUCAGUAACACAGGGCAAGAGUGGUCUUAGUGUAGCCAGGUUGGUGCAGGAAACUGGGAUCUCCUCAGGGGUGGGUGCCUCCCUAGGCACAAAAUUCCUGCCCCACCCUGGCUGUCAGCAUUCCUCAGACCCAGUGCUAGCACAAACUGAGCAGAAAAACGAGCUUUUGAUUUUCUAUCUGAUACUUAAGCCAGUGGCCUACUUUUAUUCACAACAAUUCCAUUUUGAUUAGCAGGACUUUUCUGCUUUGAUAAAGAACAACUCAGUCAAAGUGACAAUACUGUAAAUCUACAAUGCCUGACAGUUUUCUAUGUAGAGACUUUAGGUGGAAGGCAAGUUAAUAGGUUUCCAUGAGACACCAAAGAAAUGAGGACUCUGGGUAGCAUGGAGCAGCAUCUUCACCUUUCUCUUGCUGUCAACUUGUCCUGUGUACUUUCGGGGACCAGAAACUAAGCAAAAGCAACUCAGAGUUUGUCUAUCCCAACUGGAAAUAAUAAGCUCUGGUGUAUGCUACAGCACGUGCAUUUUUGUUAAAGACAGUUAUGUCAUCACUUACAAAAUUUGGGGAACCUUAAGGAAACAGAAUUAAAGCUCAAGUUAUCUAUAAUAUAAUCAAUUAAAAA